CGCUGCAUCACAUUUUCAUGUGCUCUUCUUCGUCUUCGAACUCUCCAAAUCACUUACAGACAACACCACGAAAUUUUCUGAUCGCCAUUUUCAGGAGAUUCUCGUUUUGGAGUUUUCUCGCUGGCCUGUUACGGAUCUCAGACUGUGUUCGUUGUACUGUACGGAUAGUUAAUCUGUAGGAAAAAGCUAUAAACAUCGGGGGUUUUGGAAUCAAGCUUCGAAAAAAUUGAUUAGGUUGAUUAAGAAAUGAAGAAGUAAUUCGUUUUCACUUUUGGCAUUAUCCUGCUCCACUGAAUUCGAACCUUCGUUUUUGUUGCUUUCUGCUUGUAUUAUGCUCCUUUACUAAAUCCACCGAUUUUUCAACUCAAAUCCUCUCCAAUUGUUCGUAUUUUGCCCUUUUACUACCAAAUCCCUAACUCAGUUCACAAUAUGCGUUACUCUGAUUGUAUAAUGAUCCUAUUUUUGGGGGUUUUUGUGCUACUUUUGAACUUCCCUGCAUCGGCGGAUUCCGAUGUCACAACUUGCUCGGAUAUCGUGCCGAUGAAGACUCGCGAAGAUCAUAUAUCGAUUACAGAUUUUGGAGGUUUAGGUGAUGGAGUGAGUAUGAACACGAAAGCUUUCAGGAGAGCAAUUUACAGAAUUGAGCACUUGAAGAGGGCAGGUGGUACUGUUCUUUAUAUACCUCCUGGAGUGUAUUUAACAGGUCCUUUUAAUCUCACCAGCCACAUGACGCUGUUCUUAGCCAGAGAUGCUGUUAUUAAAGCCACAACGGAUACCGAGCAAUGGCCAUUAAUAGCUCCCCUUCCAUCUUACGGGAGAGGGAGAGAACGACCUGGCGGAAGGUACAUGAGUUUAAUCCACGGUGAUGGGCUCGAAGACGUAAUAAUCACAGGUGAAAAUGGGACGAUCGAUGGACAAGGCGAAGUUUGGUGGAACAUGUGGAGGAAAAAGACGCUCGACUUUACUAGACCGAACCUGGUUGAAUUGAUGAACUCGAAAGGUAUAAUUAUUUCCAAUGCAGUUUUCAAGAACUCGCCGUUUUGGAACAUUCACCCAGUGUAUUGUAGCGAUGUUGUUAUUAAUCAUCUCACCAUUCUUGCACCUCCCGACUCUCCCAACACUGAUGGAAUCGACCCCGAUUCGAGCACCCGAGUAUGCAUCGAGGACUCGUAUAUAUCAACGGGGGACGACCUGGUGGCAGUAAAAAGCGGUUGGGAUCAAUACGGGAUCGCCUACAAUCGCCCCAGCCGCGACAUAACGAUAAGACGCAUAACGGGAUCGUCUCCAUUCGCGGGAAUCGCAGUUGGGAGCGAAACAUCCGGCGGGAUCGAGAACGUGGUCGCCGAGCACAUAACUCUAUCCAAAAUGAGAGUCGGAAUCCAUCUCAAGACGAACGCCGGUAGGGGCGGCGUGAUACGAAACAUAACGAUCUCGAACGUGUACAUCGACGAUGCAGCUAUUGCGAUAAAGAUUGCGGGCGACGUAGGCGACCAUCCCGACGAGAAAUACGACCCGAACGCGCUGCCGGUGCUCAAAGACGUCGUGAUUAAGGAUAUCUGGGGCGAAGGCGUGCAGCAGCCGGGUCUGCUUAAGGGUCUCAAAAACGCGCCGUUUACGAGAAUUUGUUUGUCGAAUGUGAGCCUCGGCGAGGCCGUCGGGAAGAGGAAUAAGCCGUGGCAGUGCUCGGAGGUCAGCGGUGGCUCUGCCCGGGUCAGCCCGUCGCCGUGCGCCGAGCUGAUCGGCAGCUUACAGACAGGUACAUGCUCUAAUUUGUCUUGAUGAGAUAUAUAUAUAUAUAUAUAUGUGUGUGUGUGUGUGUGUAUUUUGUGAAGUUUGGGGUGUGUUUCUUAAGUUAUGUGAUGGUUUUAUUUGGUGUUUUGCAUCUUUGUGACGUUUUGUUUUUGUAUUAACUGUUGAUUUAUUUAUUUAUUUGAGAAAUGUGUUAGUAGUAAGUAAAAAAUUGUUUCGGUUAACAAAGUCUAGUUUUAU